ACGUGCGCGACGUCACCUGCUGGGAUCCCGAAGAUGGCGACGACAGGGACGCUGCAGCUUCACCGCAUCUUUUCGGCCUUCCUCCUCCUUCUGCUCGGGCUGCUAGGCCACUGCGAGGAGCAGGUUCCGCUCCUUUUGUGGACGCACGAAUGGACCCCCGAACUGAGCCAGUCCGCCCCUGCGGCCGGUCACAUCGUAGAGCAGCAGCAACUGGGCGCCUACCUGGACAAAACCCUCAACACGGGCCCUCGUAAUGUGGUGCUGUUUCUUCAGGACAAGAUGAGCGUGGAGGAUUUUACCCUUUAUGGAGGAGCUUUUGGAAACAAGCUGGACAGCAUUUUUCCCAACUUGGAGAGCGCUCUGAGGUCGUCGUCAUCCUCUCUGGUGCUUCCUGCCGUGUCCUGGCCCGCCUCCAAUGCUGUGAUUGGUCAUCUGCAAGACCACCUGGGAACCUCACCUCUGUAUAUGGACCCUGAGACGCUGAGUCAGCUUCGACUCAACGCCUCCUCGGCGGCCCUGCUUGUCUUCCGACUGCCCUACUACAUCGGGUCCGAUCUGAUGUCUCCCAAAGAGGUUCUCAGUGGCAACGACGAGGUGAUCGGCCAGGUUCUAAGCAUCAUGAAGACCCAGUCAGUUCCAUACACGGUCAUCUACACUGCACUGCGACCCUCCAGGGAGGCGCCAUCGCUCUCCAUGGAGGCCACCCUGGGGGGAGGACGCUCUCUACUGCAGGCCCGAGGGGGAUACAGAGAUCGGGAGAGGGAGCGGGAGAGGCAACGCAAAAUGAAGCAGCGGACUGGGACCUACGCUCCAGUGGAGUUUAAGGAAGGCGAGAGCACCUGCAUCCUCCUGUGGGCCAAAGGACUGUCAGUCAGCAUCCUGCGAAGCGGCCGCUGGGAGGCACAUGACUUGACCCCGUCCACCUUCGGGGAGGGCGUCAUCCCGAAGCUCCAUGGAUCAAGUUGUGACAAAACCAAAGCACGUCUCGUCCUGAACUAUGAGAACGUUCUUGGCCACCGCAACUUCAAACUCCUUUUCGCUCUGAGCCAGCGCCACUACAAGGUGUCAGCCCGACGCUGGUUCACGCUGGACGCCGUGGAGUUGGAGUAUGACGGCAUCAAGGCGACCUUUAACGGCAGCAGGAACAUAUAUGCCCCUGCCGAGUACUCGUACCGCUGCGAGUCUGUCACCAGCUUCCGAUGGCCGCUGCUCGUCCCGCGUUCGUCCAAAGACCCAGCCAAUCAGUGGAGGGUCUCCUUUGAGGACUUCCAGAUCCAAGGCUUCAAUGUGAGCGGAAGUGAGUUCUCAUAUGCCUCCGACUGCGCCGGCUUCUUCUCUCCCGGCAUCUGGAUGGGCCUGAUGACCACGCUCCUCAUGGUCCUGGUGCUCACGUACGGCCUGCACAUGAUCAUGCAGCUGCACACCAUGGACCGCUUUGACGACCCCAAGGGUCCGGCCAUCUCUGUGCCCCAGACAGAGUAAAUCAUGUCUUCCUAUCCACCGCACUCACCCAAGUCCCCAUACCAUUCCCUUUGUGCUACAGACCCAUUACUGGUAUUGCAUCAUCAUAAUCAUGGCACUGAUUGUCUUAAAUGACAUAUUUUUCCUCAGCGUGGCCUGCUCAUGUUCAGGUAUUUGAUUGUGUCUUGAACACAAGUAGAUGGUAAAGUAGUAAAAAGGGAGUCCAGCUUAAAAAAGAUCUAUACAUAUAAUAUACAAAUGUUAUUUAUUGGUGAUAGUGUUUGUGUUUAUUGCUUGUUGCGGUGGGGAUAAAUGUAGUAUUUAUCUGUUUAAUUGAAGGGAAUACAUGUUUACGUCAGGGAAAUGGAGAAAAAUGGGAAUUAUUUAUUAUUUCUGUUGAUUUGAGGACCGUGAAGUGGCUGUAAUGGUUGUGGUCGAUGUCGUGCUGUUCAUCAAUAAAACGUGUCGAUGUACCCGUCUCAGUCAAAAA